AUGGAUGCUGCAGCGGAAGAUGUAAUUUCUGGCUCUAUACCAUUAAGAAAGGCAGCAAACGCUUAUAAUUGCAACUUUAUGACCCUUCAAAGGUACGUAAAAAAAUUAAAAAUAGCUAAAGAAAAUGGAGAUAGUACAUUAGAUAUUAAAAUUGGAUAUGCCAAACCACGACAAAUAUUUUCUGAACACCAAGAACAAGAAUUGGCCAACUACUUGAAGCAAUCAGCUAAAAUAUUUUUUGGUCUUUCUACAAUGGAUACUAAGACAUUAGCAUACGACUAUGCAAAAGCGAAUAACGUGAAUGUGCCCGAUAAUUGGCAUACUAAUAAGAAAGCUUCCAAAGAUUGGCUCAUUGGUUUUUUAAAAAGAAAUUCAUCUUUGUCAAUUAGAACUCCAGAAGCCACUAGCUUAGGACGAAUGACCAGUUUUAACAGACAUAAUGUUUCCGAAUUUUUUACUAAUUUAUCUCGGGUGUAUGAACAAUAUAAAUUUGGUUGUCAAGAUAUCUGGAAUAUAGAUGAAAAAGGAGUUACUACAGUACAACGUCCUAAUAAAAUUAUUGCGUCAAAAGGAAUUAAACAAGUUGGUGCAGCAACAUCUGGUGAAAGAGGAAGUUUAGUGACUCUUGUUUACGCUGUAAGUGCUAGUGGAAAUAGUGUACCACCACUAUUGAUAUUUCCAAGGAAAUAUUUUAAAGACAAUUUUGUAGCUGAUGGACCACCUGGCUGUAUUGGUUCUGCAAAUCCUAGUGGGUGGGUUACUAGUGAAGAAUUUUUAUUAUUCAUCAAACACUUUGUAAAACAUACAAAAUGUUCAAAAGAACAUCCAGUUCUUAUUGUACUUGAUAACCAUGCGUCACACUUAAGCGUUAAUAUGAUUAAUUAUUGUCGUGAAAAUGGUAUUAUUCUUUUGUCAUUUCCCCCUCAUACGUCACACAAAUUACAGCCAUUAGAUAGGUCUGUCUAUGGUCCAUUUAAACGUUUUUAUAAUGCUGCAACCGAUUCAUGGAUGAAAAACAAUCGUGGGAAGACAAUGGUUAUAUAUAAUAUUCCGUCAUUGAUAAAAGCUGCACUUCCAAAUGCUGCUACACCAAAAAAUAUUUUAUCAGGAUUUACGUCUACUGGUAUCUGGUCAUUCAAUAAAGAUGUAUUCACAGAAGAAGAUUAUUUACCUUCAGAAGUUACAAAUAGACUACUCGUCACUGAAAAUAUCACUUCCGAUAGUGUAUCUAAUGAAAUCAUUGGUAAUCAAAAAAACAUAAAUGAAUACACUAAAGAUAUUCCAUCUACACCAAGUUUAAAAAAUCAAGAUAAUGAAAAUAAUCAAGUAAAAGUUGGUGUAAGCCCAGAAGAACUACGGCCAUAUCCCAAGGCAAAAGAACGGAAAAAAAAAUACGAACCGCAGAAAAAUUAA